AUGGCUUUGCAGGAGGCACGAAAGUGUGGUGAGAAAUUGGGUAUUCACGCCUUCCCUGUUAUGGAACAGGUGAACCCUCACACGGGACAGCGUGAACAUGCUUAUGACCCGCUUCCUUUUAAAACCUUAAAAGAGUUAAAAACAGCCUGUGCUCAGUAUGGGCCCACUUCCCCUUAUACUUUAACCAUCUUGGAAACUAUGACCUCAGAGGCUCUCCCACCUAAUGAUUGGAGAGCUAUUGCCAAGGCUUGUUUAUCAGGAGGGGAUUAUCUCUUAUGGAAAUCAGAAUAUGAUGAAAAGGCUAAGGAGCAAGCUUCUCGUAAUCGAGCUGCCCAGAUUAAUAUUUCUUAUGAAAUGCUGGUAGGUGAAGGAGUCUAUGCUGAUACCCAUAAUCAAAUUCAAUACCCCCAGGAAGCUUAUGGACAGAUUAAUGGAGCUGGGAUUAGAGCCAGGAAGAAGUUACCCACCUCUGGUCAGAAAACAGAGGAGCUCUCAAAAAUUAUUCAAGGGCCAGAUGAAAAGUAUCAGGAUUUUAUCUCUCGGCUAUUACAGGCUGUUGGCCGAGUAGUGGUGGAUGGAGAGGCUGGCAUGUUAAUAGUUAAACAGUUGGCAUAUGAAAACGCCAACACUGCCUGCCAAGCUGCACUGCGGCCCUAUCAAAGACAGGGGACUCUCUCAGAUUAUAUCCGCAUUUGUGCAGAUAUUGGUCCCUCAUAUAUACAAGGAGUUGCCAUUGCAGCUGCAUUAAAGGGAACCACCAUUGAAGGAAUUCUUCAGCAACAAUUUAGCACAGGGAAAAGUCCAGCAUACAAGUGUUACACUUGUGGAGAAACAGGACACAUGGCAAAACAGUGUCCUUCUAAUAAGGGGAUUAAUAAAGGAAAUGGCAGAGGUCCCAAACAACCUGGACUGUGCCCUAAAUAUAAAAAAAGAAAACAUUGGGCAAAUGAGUGUAAAUCUAAGACAGAUAUCCAGGGAAAUUCUUUGCCUCGACACCAGUCGGGAAACUACCAAAAGGGGCCAGCCCAGCCC